AUGGUUCGUGGCGCCUUUCACCAUGCCCUGAUAAUUCCAGCAACAUUCCUCUAUAAUCAACCCAAAAAGCUUGGAAAUGAUGCCAAGAGGCUGCGAAGGGAGGCUCUUUAUGAUUCUGAGGAUUUAGCUCGACAUUUAGCCAACUACGUGAUGAAUCAGAUUCCCACCCUCUCUGUUUCCCAUAUCUCUUCCAAGGAUGUCAUUACGCCUGACAUUUGGUCUGAUCCAUCUCGUAUCUACGCUUGUCUUUUCGCUAAGGCAAGUAGGAUUUUAUUUCUGGUAACACGGCAAGAUAUCGAUGCUUUCUCCGACUUUAUAACCCAACGUUUUCAACCUCUGUUAGAACGAGCAGAAGCAAUGGAUUACUCCUGGAAGUCCCGUUUCCUUGUCGUGGCAAUGGGUGAAUUUCAACUUGUGGAUUCCCUGCCAUGUGAAGUUAUUCGAUUUCGAGAGAUUGGGUGGUUCAGGGACAGUAUGGCACUCUUCAUUUUAGGCAAAAAAAUCCAGGGUUAG